AUGUCGACAAAGGAAGACUGCUGUGGCACGCCCUCCUCGCCCUCCCCCACCAGCCCUCAGCAGCAUGGCACCGCGCCCGUCUCCGCGAGGAGCUGGCCGAGCGAGACGGCCGAUGUGAUCUUCACCAUCAGCCGAGCAAGGUACGACGGACACGCCACGCGGGGUCUGCCAGACGCGUCGGCCGCUGUGCUGCUGUACAUGGGGGCCAAGUUCAGUGCGAGGUGGACGUUUUACCGCAUCGUUGCGUUUGCGUGCGGGGCGAGGGGCGAGCGGCUGCGAGGCGUUAGAGAGGUAGUGAACCCUGCCAAGGCGAGCAAGGUCGACGAGGUGGCGGAGCGGCAUGGGCUGGACCGCGUGGCGUUUAGGAGGUGGGCGGGGAGGGUGAGGAUGUUUUGGCCGCUGCUGCCUUGA